ACCAAUUUGAUUUCGUGCGUUGCACAGCUCGCACCUUCCCUGUUCAAUUCAGAUCGUUGUUCUGCAUACACGUUUCGUGUCUCGACGACUUAAAAAUGCGUUACGUGGCUGCAUAUAUGUUGGCUGUGCUUGGCGGCAAGCAAUCGCCGACCGCUGAUGACAUCAAGAAGAUCUUAGGAUCUGUUGGCAUUGAGGCCAAUGAUGCUAAAAUGAAGAAGCUCAUUGCCGACCUCAGUGGCAAGACCAUCGAUGCUCUGAUUGCUGAAGGUCGCGAGAAGCUCUGCAGCAUGCCUGUUGGUGGUGGUGCUGCUGCAGCCCCUGCUGGAGGUGCCGCCCCAGCUGCUGAAGACAAGAAGGAGUCCAAGAAGGAAGAGAAGAAAGAGGAAUCCGAGGAGGAAGAUGACGAUAUGGGCUUCGGUCUCUUCGAUUAAGCGACCAAACGGCGCUCAUUUUAAGUACCUUAAUUUUAUAAUAAAAGUUUAAGGACAAAACCACA